CGCCCUCUUUUUUGUUCUGCUCAAGCUCUACAGCUGCAGGCUUGGAUUCAGUGAGAGCUGAGUAAAUACCUCUUCAUGAAGCCAAACACUCAGGAACUAUCGCAAUGUAAAUGCCUUGCCACAAAACAAUGGGCUUCAAUAUCCUCACGAAGCCAAACACUCAUCAUUUUCAGGAGGAACCGUGAACAAAGAGUCCUCAAGCUUUCGGACGCAGCCGCAGAGAGUCUUCUGAGGAGAGAAAUUCAUGUUCAGUGUAGCUCAUCCCACAACAGUCACGCUAUUCACCAAUAAAUGCUGGAAUAUUCCCAUCAGUUUACAAGUGAAAAGGAACAUCAAAUCGUCAAGAAGACCGAGUUCAUUAAAGAAGACCGAGAGAAGAUGAGAGAUUCAGAACCCUGCAGAAUCAAACACACUGAAGAUACUGGAGAACAAACAGAGUUAAAAGAAGAAAAUGUGGAGGAUGAAGAAUUGAAUGAAGUUGAGGAGAGAAAUCAUGUCAAAAGUAGAGAAGGACCUUUGAGUGGCUCUCAAACUAAAUGGAAAAGUUUAAAGAAAAGAACGAAGAAAUCUUUCACCUGCACUCAGUGUGGAAAGAGUCUGACAAACAAAACAAGUCUUGAGCGUCAUAUAAGAGUUCAUACUGGAGAGAAACCGUACACUUGUGAUCAGUGUGGGAAGAAUUUCACACAAUUAUCACACCUCAAAGUUCACAUGAACAUUCACACUGGAGAAAAACUGCACACAUGUGAUCAAUGCAGCAAAACAUUUUUUAGACUUUCAAACCUAAAGGAACACCUGAGAGUUCAUACAAAGAACAGGCCACAUUCAUGUCAUUUGUGUGGAAAGAGUUUUUCUUUUCUACAAAAUUUGAAAAUACACCAGAAAAUACAUACUGGUGUGAGAGAGUACAUGUGCUUUGAGUGUGAAAAGACUUUUACUACAUCGGACGGUUUAAAACUGCAUGAAAGGAUCCACACCGGAGAGAAACCUUACAAGUGUUCACGCUGUGACAAGAGAUUCAUUCAUUCAGGACAUCUGAAAGCACAUGAGAGGAUCCACACUGGAGAGAAACCCUACAAGUGUUCACACUGCAGCAAGGGAUUCAGUCAGUCAGCAACUAUGAAAGCACAUGAAAGGAUCCACACUGGAGAGAAACCUUAUCAAUGCACUGCAUGUGGGAAGCGUUUCAUUCAAUCAUCUGGUCUACACAGACAUAGAAAAAAUAAUCACAGUAAAGGACAAUUUAUACUUCUGGGUCGAGCCUACACCAUAGGCUAUGUGUAGUAUGGCAUAGUCUGGUGUGCGCCUAACAGCGCGUCAAGUCUACACGGACCGCAAGUGGUGUGAUUGGUUUGCUAGAACCCCGCUGCCUGAGUUUUGUGUAUUUUUAUGUGCACUUUAAUACAUUUUAAUGUUAUACCUUCUUAUAUAAAUUAAAACAAAGCAAAGAACGAGUACCUUAUCAUGUAUUAUACUACAUAUACUAGCUGCAUUUCCACUGUCGGACCAAAAGAGGGCAUGCUAGUGUGUGCCAGAGACAGUUGCGUUUCCACUGUCACUUCCUGUGCUUUAUCGUGCCACAUCGGUGUUUCCUCGGGGCCAAAGGCCUGGGUUUUUUGGCCCGACCAAAACCUAGGGCCAAAGUGGACCAGCUGGGACUAGAGGAGUUGUGAUGAUCUCCACAUCUAGUGUUUGAAAUAACUUGAUCUGAUGUGGAUUAUAAUCACCAUAGAAGGCAGAAAUAUUUGUAAGUGAUGCAAAAGAUUAUGCACAUGGCUUGAAUGUUACCAUAGUAAACAUGGUAAAUUCAACCACUUGAAGAAAUGAGACUUCAGCUUCUUACUCUCUAUCACAAUUGUGUAUUUAUCAUAUUUAUCGUAUUUAACAUUUUAUAGGUCAUAAGUCUUGCCUUGAAAAUUUAGCAUUGUGUGUGUAUAAUAUAUAUAUAUAUAUAUA